CACUGUCGACAUUAGUAGCAGCUGGGAUGAAGCGCACUUCCGUGGGUGAGCAGGGGUUUGUAUUAUUUCUCGUCUGAUCGGAUCCCACGGGCAUCACAUUCCCAACGCGAUCUGAUCCGUGGGCUGCGUCGUCGUCUUGGGCGAAAAGGAGGCGACAUGAUGGAGGAGAUCGACCGAUUCCAAGUGCCCAACGUCGUGCAGGAGGCGGAGAUGCAGCCGCUGGACCCAGCCUCCUCCACGGCCUCGGAGGCUGACUCGGACACCAGAGAGGGCGAACCCGUCCCCCUCAACUACAAGCCCUCCCCCCUCCAGAUGAAAAUAGAGAAACAGAGAGAGCUAGCCAGGAAGGGCUCGUUGAAGAACGGCAACGUCGUGGGCAGUCCGGUCAACAACCAGCCCAAGAAGAACAACGUCAUGGCCAGAACCCGGUUGGUGGUGCCCAAUAAAGGCUACUCCUCGUUAGACCAGAGUCCAGAUGAGAAGCCUCUGGUUGCGUUGGACACAGACAGCGACGAUGACUUUGACAUGUCGAGAUACUCAUCGUCCGGAUACUCCUCUGCUGAGCAAAUCAACCAAGAUCUCAACAUCCAGCUGCUGAAGGACGGUUACCGCUUGGAUGAGAUACCGGAUGACGAGGACCUGGAUCUGAUCCCGCCUAAAUCGGUUAACCCGACCUGCAUUUGCUGCCAGGCAAGCCCCUCCACCACCUGUCACAUCCAGUAACCCCUCCCCCUCUUAACUCCGCCCCCUCAUGUUCAUUUUCUUCGCGGUGAGGCAUGGUAAGAAAUAGACGACCAACUGAAAUGUGCUAGAAUAGGAAUGACUAAUUUAUUAAUUCAUGAAAUGUUUUGGUUAAAACAGUGGGAGGGAAAAUGGUGACGAUAGUCUGCUAUUCACAAGUCACAAAGAGUUGGCAAGAUUGAGAUUUGGGGUGUAACUUCAGGUUCAACCUAAAAUGCACUUUCAUCCAUCAAUCCAUUCAUCCAUCCAUCCAUCUUCUUGAUGGGUGAAUUUAAUCCGCCAAGAGGUUGUUGCCAAUGAUAGCCUCAUUUAUUGACUAAACUUCUGUGUCAGAGACUCUCCACGCUUCACUUUUUGGCCACAGAUACACAUGAAUUAUAACUAUAGUGGAAUAUUAUUAUAAAAUAAAUAUUUAAUUUUGUAGUUGAGCUGUAAUUGUAGCGCCUUUUUUUGUUUCAUCCUGAAAAGUCACCCCAAAGCUGAAGAUGCUUUUUUUUUUUUCUGCUAGUGCUGGUGUUUUCCUCCUAUGGCAGGACAUGCACUUCUCAACAUAAUCUUAAAUGAUGAUAUUGCUGCUCCGCUUAGUUAACAUACGGUUUACAAUUUUAACUACUGUUGCCAUGAGUUUAAUCGGUGUGUGUAAAAGAGGCAAAUGAGUACUGUAGUCCCCCCCCGAUUCACCUUCUCCGUCCUCCUGGCUUUGACCUUGACCCUAAAAUUAACCCUAACCCAGCUGAAGAACAAAUUGAAAAGGGAAGUUAGGAAGGACCAUUUGCACAUUUCAUUUCUGCCCUUCCCAGCAUGUUUGGACUGUGUGUUGUAUUAUUUUAAAUGUGUUUUCACCUUUUUAGGCCUUUUUCUUGCACAGCAGCGACACGGUUUCCCCGUUAGUAUUAAAAAAGUAUAUACGUAUAUAAAGAAAGGGAGAUUGCUGUCUACAGGCGUGAAGCUAAAGGACAAAGUAUUUCAUGUCUUCUCCACCUUUAAACGUUUGUACAUUUUAUAGUGUCCAUCAUCAGACACAGAAAGGAUUUGACUUGUGUCUUUGCACACGCACACACAUACUACACACACACACACACACGCAUGCAUGUACUGUACAUAACUUUCCAUGCCAAUGUGAAUAGUCGGCGGGCAAUUGUGGGUCUUGCAGCUUCAGUUACUGACCUAGCUCCCUUAAAGAAACGGAUUAUUUGCAGUUAGAGUUGCCUUAAGUACAAACAAGCUAACUAUAAUUGUGUAUUAUUUAUUGCCAUGAUGUUGUUAGUUGAUUUUAAUGAGCAAUCUGUAACUUGAUUUUGUUUUUAACCUUCCAAUCGUCAGCGUCGAUUGUUUUUCCUUUUAUAAUGAAUCAUUUUAAUUUCAAAACCAUUUCCAUUAUGGUAUUUAACAUUGUUAUUAUGUGUGGUGUAUGAGAACACGAAAUAAAAACAGCUAAUCAUG